AUGGAAGACAUAUUUUUUGAUUUCGAUGCUCAAGAUGCUGCCACGGACUUUGCCUUCUGGGGCCAAAUGGACCCCAACUUCCAGUUCCAGUCUCAGCUGGACACGCUGCUGUUUGACUGCAGCGCAAUGACAGGUCAGCUGUCGCCCUGGUCCUCUUUCGGGUGUCAGUCCGUGUUCCCCGAGGCUCAGCUGACCUUCACGGACUUAGACUCGCAGUCUCCGCAGCUGGAGGUCGGUGCUGAAGUGGACAGCUCCUUAGUGGACGAGCCCCAUGAGAUCGGCAAGCGCAGGCAGCAGCAGCAGCAGCGGCGCUUGACGGCCCAUCAUCCGUACAAGGUGCAGCGCCACGCCGCCAACAUCCGGGAGAGGAAGAGGAUGCUCAGCAUCAACUCCGCGUUUGAGGAGCUGCGCUGCCACGUGCCCACCUUCCCCUACGAGAAAAGACUCUCCAAAAUAGACACCUUAAGACUGGCCAUCGCUUACAUCGCCCUGCUUAGGGAAAUCCUCAUGUCAGGCUGUGACCCCAAGUCAUACGUCGAUGAAUGCAUGAAGAACGGCUAUAAGAAUCAUACCAAUGCCAUCUGGAACACAAGCGAUCUGACAGCUCGGCUCUCUUGGAUAAAGUGGGAUUAACUGCAGCAUGGGCCGUGAAGAGAGAUGCCGCCUCUCCCUCCUUUCUCACGCUCCUCUUCAAUGGUGCCAUGGCACGACGACUGCGCGACAUCUGCAGACUUCUCACCGCGUUACACCUCCUGGCACUCAGGACACUUUUUAUAUUCUAAUUUGUUGUGGGUUAGAAUCAGGCCCCCUUUUGCUCAUCCAGACGUGCGUUGUUUGUUGUGAAUGAGGCCUUAUCGGGACAAAGCCGUGGCACUUGUGCCCGUGUGCAAGAUGAGAGAAUGGCAAAA